AUGCGCACACAAUUCAUACAGCGUGGGCGGCCACAGGAGAGCAGGCUGGGAAUGAGCGUGGCUGAAGUGGGCGAGGAAGAGGACAAGGAGCUCGUGCACGAAGCAGAGGACAUGGCAGAGAGGGUGUGCAUCCACAGCAAUCACAACAGCGCCACCACAAUGAACGCGGCACCACUGCUGCAGCUACUGCUUGGGGCGGCAUCAGGGCCAUUCCCACCAGCACUGCCUGCGCCUGUACAUGGGCCAGCAGCGCCACCGUCCUUGUCGCAUGCCAUGAUGCCGACGUUCGGGAUUGCAGUGCAGCUGCCAACACAUGUCGACCUCAUCCGCAGCAACGGCAACGACAGCAACAACAGCUGUGAUGGCAGCAGAAGCAGCGGCAGCAGUAGGUCUUGUCCACCUUCCUUUCCUAACACGGUGCCGCCGUUACCUCAUGUCUGCGGCGACGGCUACAGCGACAGCGCCACGGCCGUUCAGGGGCACCCUUCUGUCGCCUACUAUCUUGAUGCCAUCACCAUCGUCUUCCUAAUCGUCGUCUUCUUGACCCCAUCACGGUCAUCAACAACAACGACUGAAGCAGCAGCGGCGUCACCAGCGACAAACACUGUUGCACCACCAGCUGUGGCAUCGAGGAUUGGGCGGGCUUUUGAAUCCAAGCGCGCUUCGGGGGCAGCGACGACGAUGCUCGCAACCACUGACGCUUCAGCGCAUUCCUUUCCUGCGCCAUACGACGGCACGGUGUAUGUGGCAGACUCAUCAACGCAGUCUUCCACCGAGGACAGACAACGGUGUCUGGGCCACCAGCUGCGCAAGCUGUACAACAUCGAGGCAGACCACGUUGUGCACCUCAGGGAUGUGCCACAGCAGCAAGACGGCGUGUCGUGUGGCCUGUUUGCGCUGGCUUACGCCACACUGCCGGCUGCUGGCCUGCAUCCGCUCGACUUGAACUGCGUCAGCAUGACGGCACACCAGCUGCGCACGUGGUACUUUCAGUGCAUGGCUGAUCAGGAGGCAGAUGGUGCGGAGGCGCUGCUCAUGAAGUUGCUACAAGGGGCACAACCUAAUGACAAAAACAACGACGACAACGACGACAACAACAACAACAACAACAACAACAACAACAACAACAACAACAACAACAACAACAACAACAACAACAACAACAACAAAGACGACGACGACAACAGCCUUGAGUCGCGACUCCACCAGCGACGCUGCCUUUUUGUCUUGCAGAGGCAGCGGGCCCUCCACUUGCAGCCGACAAGAGAAGAGGAUCGAAUGGCCUUCUCUGCCACAGUGGCCGAGGUGGUUGUGGUGCAUGACAGGAGCGAUGGUGUGGAGGAGGAAAAGGACGUGGUGGUGAUUGAGGGUGCUGCGUUCGAAGAGGGUUUCGAUGGCGGAGAUGUGAUCGACUUGUACGGAGACAGUUGUGAUGACAUGGGCGAGCCGCAGCAGCCACACUGGCCACAACAACAACUUCUGCAACAACAACAACAACAACAACAACAACAACAACAACAACAACAACAACAACAACAACAACAACAACAACAACAACAACAACAACUACUACAGCAGCCACACUUGCAACAGCAGUUGCAGUUGCUGCCACAAGUGCACCAUACCGUCGCUCAGCAUGGGCUGCUGAACAAUCAGGUCCCGCAUUAUACCCAGCAACAACAGGCACAGCAACAGCACAACUGCCAGCAGAUCCAGCAACUGCAGCACUCGGCAUCGUGGCAGAUUGCGCUGCACCAUGCACGAGGCGCCAAGAACAGACGCAGUCGGAGACGACGACGCCAACAGCGCAGACGCAACGCGCAGAGCACAUCAACGUCGUCCGCCUCCAUGCCCUGGAAUGCGCAGUGUGGUCCCACCACUCCGCCACUACAUCCAGGAGAAACCAGCUUCCGCGUGUUGGAGUACACGCCACCACAGCCGUCACACGUGCACGCUGGGGCCAAACAAGCGUAA